AUGUUUGCCAUCAGUUGGUUCGAUAUAAUACCCGUCGCCAUAACAUUUCUAUCCAUAGCCUUUGUGCAGUUGCUUAACGUGUAUUUGCAUGUGCUGGGCGAUAAUACAGCUGCAAAAGUUGUCGAUAUCAGUGAAACGGAUUGCGCGGUAUCGGGAAAUGGAGCUGCUGCCAUUGCCAAAAGUGGAUCCAUAUCGCCAACGGCAUCGAAUGGGAAGCUUGAGAAGCAAGCAAGUCUUUUGGACGGCGACAGUGGCAUCUCAUUGAACUCAAUUCACUCAAGCAGCACAGCAGCGACAACAACCACAUGUGCCACACCGGGAACACCCUCAGCAACGAACUCAUCUCCAACACACAAUGCACACAACGGUUUCCUCACACAUACAGUCAGUUUUGAAACCCUGGGCGAUGAGUACCACGAAGAUGAGGAUACGCUGUCACUAGAGAAUCUCUUUCCCUGCGAUCAAACGGAAAUCUAUGCCUCCAAGAAGAUCAGCUUCAUUAUCGACGAACUGAUCCAGACGGAGGUCAACUAUGUAAACUAUCUGCGCAAGGGUAUCAGCAACUAUGGAAAACUACAACAGUGCGCGGAUUUGCCAGACGGACUACGCGGCGAGCAGCGACAGCAGCUGCUCCUGGGCAACAUCUCCGAGAUACUCGAGCUGCACGACAAAGAGAUUCUGCCCAUGAUGCUGCGUAAUCAGCGCGAUCUGAAAGGCCUCUUCGAUGAGUUUGCGACACACUUUGAGAAAAACAAUUUCUAUUGUUAUGUGGGCUUUACCAUGGGCAAGAAAUCGUCGAUGCAGCUGCGGCAAGAGAAUCGUGAAUGGCUGCAAAGCUAUCAAACGACAAUAAAAGACAAACUGGGCAUUGAUAGCUUUCUAGUGCAGCCCAUUCAAAGACUGACCAGAUAUCCAUUGCUGUUGCAGCAAUUCAUAUCGGAAUUCUAUAAGAGCGGCAUUAGCUGUAAGCCAGUGCUGAGUGCUGUGUGUAAGCUGGAAACACGCAUGCGACGCCAGCUGGAUGUGGUCAACCAGGCUGAGGAAAUACCCAACAUAGAUGAGCUGAACGAGCUCGAUCUGCAGCAACAGGGUUACUUUCGGCGUUCGACGGAGUUCGAUGCACAGCAUUUUCCCACUAAGAAGAAGUAUCGCGCCAAGAUCUUCCUCUUCGAUCGCUGUCUGGUCUGCACUGAGGUGCGCAAAAAGCGUUUAGCAUAUCGACAGCAUUACAGCUGGGAGCACGUGGAGCUGCAGCGUCCACUGGAGUUGGCCACUGCCAAUGCCAACAAGAUUAUCAAUCUGAUGGUCAAGCAGCAGGACAGGGACAAGGCCAAGCGUGAGGAGUACUCCUUUGUGGCCGCAGAGGCGUCAGUGGUCAAGCAGUGGCUGCACGCGACCCACAAGAUCAUCGAGAUUGCGCGGCACGAGAAAUCGCAGCGCGAUACCUUCAGUCUGCCCAUGGACUUGGUGCUGGGUGUGGUGCUGGCCAUCUGGCUGAUAUGGCAGUACUUGUAGUGCUAAUUAUACUAUACGAUUUAGUAGCUAGGACUAUAGAAUAAUAAAGCUAAGUUAUUUGUACACUGUGCUGGUCACAUACAGCUGCCACAUCCGGCCACUUCCUGUCGCAUCCUGCCUGCUCGAGCGUAAAAUAAGUUUGCUGCAGUUGACAAAUAUUUAUGAUAAAUUGCCUUUGCAGUGCCGCUGUUUUGUCCUUGCCCAGGCCGAGCACCAGCAAAUGCAAAAUGUAAAUAGCUUUUCAUCUUUUUUGCCACACACACACACACAGAGACACACACUUAGAGCUAUUCACAAAAAGUAGCUGGCUCCUUGGGACAUCCUUGCUAUGCUCUUUUACAGUGGCCACCAAAAAUUGUAUGACAAAUCUAUUUGCUUUGAAUUUAUGACAGACUGCUGCAGCGCAGCAAAACAAAACCUGUCACGGAAGGCUGCGCUCUCGUAGAGCGACUAAUGAACCAUGAUCACGACUUGA